GCGUUCGCCUCACCUUGACGGCCGGACCGCGAGCGGGGCGGGACUUCCGGCGCGCGGAUGCAGGCGGCGCGGCGGGUCGUGUGCGCCCUGUCGGGCGGCGUGGACAGCGCCGUGGCCGCGCUGCUGCUCAAGCGCAGAGGCUACCAGGUGACCGGUGUGUUCAUGAAGAACUGGGACGCGCUGGACGAGCACGGGGUUUGCGCGGCCGACCGAGACUGUGAGGACGCGUACCGCGUGUGCCAGGUGCUGGACAUGCCCUUCCACCAGGUGUCCUACGUGAAGGAGUACUGGAACGACGUCUUCAGUGACUUUCUGAGCGAGUACGAGAAGGGGAGGACCCCGAACCCCGACAUCGUCUGCAACAAGCACAUCAAGUUCCACUGCUUCUUCCACUACGCGCUGGACAGCCUGGGCGCGGACGCCGUGGCCACAGGCCACUACGCACGGACGUCACUGGAGGACGCCGAGGUCUUCCAGCAGAAGCAUGUGCGAAGGCCCGGGGGCCUCUUCAGGAACCGGUUCGAGGUGCGGAAUGCCGUGAAGCUCCUGCAGGCAGCCGACAGCACCAAAGACCAGACGUUCUUCCUCAGCCAGGUGCCCCAGGACGCCCUGCGGAGGACCCUCUUCCCCCUGGGUGGCCUGACCAAGGCCUUCGUCAAGAAGAUCGCGGCUGAGAACGGGCUGCAGCACGUGCUUCAGAAGAAGGAGAGCAUGGGCAUCUGCUUCGUGGGCAAGAGGAACUUCGAGAACUUCAUCCUCCAGGUGCGUGGGCGGGGCGGGCGGGGCGGGCAGGGCUGGCCUGUGCCCGGCGGGCAGCGGGUGACACCCGUGUGCCCCCAGUACCUGCAGCCGCGGCCCGGGAGGUUCAUCUCCGUGGAGGACGGCGCGGUCCUGGGCACGCACAAAGGCUGGUUCCUGUACACGCUGGGUCAGCGGGCCAAACUGGGUGGCCUGCGUGAGCCCUGGUACGUGGUGGACAAGGACGGCGCCACGGGCGACGUGCUGGUGGCCCCGCACACGGACCACCCGGCCCUGUACCGGGACCUGCUGCGCACGGGCCGCGUGCACUGGAUCACCGACGAGCCCCCGGUCACGCUGGCCCGGGACAAGAUGAUGGAGUGUCACUUCCGCUUCCGCCACCAGAUGGCGCUAGUGCCCUGCGUGCUGACGCUCAACCAGGAUGGCACCGUGUGGGUGACUGCGGUGAAGCCUGUGCGGGCCCUGGCCCUGGGGCAGUUCGCUGUCUUCUACAAGGGGGAUGAGUGUCUGGGCAGCGGCAAGAUCGUGCGCCUGGGACCCUCGGCCUACACGCUGCAGAAGGGGCUGCGCCAGGCCAGAGCAGCCACCGACGGCUCCUGCGAAGAACCCCCUGGUGGCCCACGACCCCCGCCCUGAGGGGCAGGAAGCCGGGAAUAAAGCGUGGACUCUA